AUGGACAUUACUGUAUCAGCGAAUGUACCGUCAAACCCGCCGCGUGGAAGUAUGGCAAACAUCGUCCUCACCUCUAUGGCAGUGAUGAGCGGAGCCUUCACUUUUGGAAUAGAGUCGGGAACCAUUGCUGGAUUCCAAGCCAUGGAAUCAUGGCUCAAAGAUUUUGGAUACUAUGAUGAGCAACUCCAUGAGUGGAAUAUUCACACCAGUACCCAACUACAAAUUGGCGCGUUGAUGCUUGUUGGCGCUGUAUUAGGAUCACUUUUAUCUGGUCCAAUUGGCACAAAGCUCGGUCGAAAACCGGGGUUGGUCGCCAUUGCUCUAACAGCCAUUCUGGGUGUCAUAUUUCAAGUCGUUCAUGCAAGCCUUACUCUUUUGCUGAUUGGAAGAUUUCUGCAGGGGGGUGCGAUUGGCUUUGCGUCGAAUUUCGUGCCUGUAUAUCAGUCGGAGAUUGCCCCAGCUAGGUACCGUGGUAUAUUGGUGUCACUAUAUCAGCUCGGCGUCAAUAUCGGCGGUCUAGUCGGAACAUGUAUCAAUCAAGGCACUUACAACAUGAGAACCCGCUGGGCCUAUCGUAUCCCGUUGUUGGCCUCGUUAUUCUUCCCAACAAUCCUGUUUAUCGUGACUUUUAUGUUACCAGAGUCUCCCCGUUGGCUCCUCUCUGUCGAUCGAACCGAAGAUGCCCGCAACUCUCUCCGACGGCUCAGAGGCAAGGAAUACCCCGAGGACCAGAUUGAACAGGACAUAAGAACUAUUGCGGAGCAUAUCGCCAUAGAACGCCAAUUCGAACUUAACAGUUCAUGCAUCGACCUUUUCAAAGGCACUGAUCGUCGUCGGACGUCAAUUGUUUCUAUGGUUUUAUUGUUCCAGAUUCUCUCGGGGAUCACCUUCGUCACUUCAUAUGGCACCUAUUUCUUCCAGGCAUCUGGUGUCAACAAUGCUUUUCUCAUUACGAUCGUUGGCGCGUUAUGCCAACUUGCUGGUCUUCUUGUCUUGUACCCUAGCCUGCGCUUUAUGGGUCGACGAACUAUACUGCUUUCUGGGGCUGUAGCUGAGGUAGUAUGCUGGUUUGUUGUUGCGAUCGUCGCCGUUGCAGCACCAAACGCCCCAGCGGCUGCUAGCUGCCUAGUGGCUUUUAUUUGCUUGUUCACCUUCUUUUUCACCUGGUCUUGGGGGGCGGUUGGGUGGAUUGUAGCAUCUGAGGUUUCGUCCAAUAAGUUGAGAUCUAGGACGCAAUCUCUUGGUACGACAAUAAACUGGACUACGAGCCUGAUAGUCGCGGCUAUCUCGCCUUACCUGAUCAACACAUCUGCUGCAAAUCUGGGUGGCGAGAUUGGCUUUAUUUGGGGCUCUCUAACAUUCGUUGGCCUUAUUUGGGCCUACUUCUAUCUUCCUGAAACCGACGGAAGGACUUUAGAAGAAAUUGAUGAGAUUUUCAUGAAAAAUAUCCCUGCUAGGAAGUUCAGCACCUACCACCUUGAGGACCAUGCUAACUCUUAUGGCCGGAGAACAUCAAAGGAUACCAAAUUCAAGGAAGAUGUACAGAUCACUCAUGAAGAGAAUCGGGUAUGA